UAAGCUAGAUAAAGUGUACUGUAAGUCCAACAGAAAGCGUCCCAUGAUUUACACGAAUGUUAUCAGAGGACCUCUCCACAAUGUCAUACCAGCUCGAACUAGGAUUGGGUUUGUGUAUUUGUCUAAUUGGUGUUGCACAGACUUGUUCAGAAGGGUGGAUCAAGCAUGGCUCUGCAUGUUAUCAUAUGACGGCGGAAAAAGAAUCGUGGUUUGAUGCUAUGAAUAUGUGUCAAAUACAUGGAUCUGUUUUAGCUUACAUACUACACCAAGAGGAGGAGAACUUCAUAAUAGGCCUUAUGAAUAGUAAACACUUCAAUGUUGCUUGGCUCGGAGGAAGUGACUGGAACCUUGAGGGUUCUUUUUUAUGGGAACCUUACGGUGUCAAAAUGAAUUACACGAACUUCGCUCCGGGAGAACCAAACAAUCACCAUCACAAUGAAGACUGCCUGCUUCUUGAUACCAAUUUACACUGGAGCGACAGAAAUUGCGAUGAUAUGCACUUUUAUAUUUGUAAGAAAAUGGAUGAUAUUACCGGUAACUUGAUUGGAUGAAACUACAAAGUACAAUGUCAAUCAGCGGGAAUAAAUAAAUAUGUUUUUAAUCAUU